AUGGCUCCAUACAUGAAUCACUUCAAGUUCUUGCAAACAAUCUCCUUUCUAUAUAUGUUGGUGGUAGUUAAUGUCAUUGGAUCAUCAUUAAGCCAUGAUGAAGAAUGCUCAGCCUUGUUUCAGUUUAAGCAGAGCAUAAUUCAUCAAGAUGAUGUUGCUUGUGCUGCUUAUGGGUCUCAAGUGUUCCACUCUUGGAACAAUAGUUUUGAUUGUUGUUCAUGGGAGGGGGUGGCAUGCAGCCAUGACCAUGAUCAGUACUAUGUUCAUGUGAUCGGCAUUGACUUGAGCGAGAGGUCUCUUUGUGGGCAUAUCAACUCCAACAGCACCCUCUUCAACCUUGUUCAUCUUCAGAGACUCAAUCUUUCUGGGAACAACUUUGGUGAUUCUCAAAUCCCAUCUGAGAUUGGUCGUCUAAAGCAAUUAAGAAGCCUCGAUCUCUCUUAUUCUGGAUUUAGUGGCCAAAUCCCAACUGAAAUCUCGCAGUUGAUUCAGUUGUCUUCUUUAGAUCUGUCAAUGAGUUCACUAAGGCUUCACAAUCCUAGCCUCAAGAACCUUGUGCAAACCUUAACAGGGCUUGAACAGCUCCAUCUAUCGGGGGUUGAUAUCAGUUCUUCUGUACCUCAUUUCUUGGCCAACUUUUCUUCUUUGAGGUCAAUCAAGCUGAGAAACUGUUUCCUGCAGAAUGAAUUCCCUGGGGCCAUACUUGAGUUACCUAAGUUGCAACUUCUUGAUUUGGCAUACAAUACUCGCCUCACUGGUUCCUUUCCUGAAUUUCAUGGCAACAGCUUACUUGAAGAAGUGAUACUAUUUUCCACAGGUUUCUUUGGGUUUAUACCAGAAUCCAUAAGCCACCUCAAGCAUUUGACAGUCUUGUCCCUUAGUUAUUGCUCUUUCUCGGGACGCAUUCCACGUUCACUCUCUAACUUGACGCAACUCACUAUCUUGGGUCUUGGUGACAAUAAGUUCACAGGUUCAGUUCCUUCAUUGGGAAGUCUUUUGAAACUCGAUGUUUUGGUACUUAAUGGUAACAAAUUUGAGAAAGGACGUUUUCCCAAUUGGCUAGGAACGCUGAGUAAACUUAGUGAACUCUAUGUGUCAGAUACGAACACAAACAGUACUGAAAUCCCACUCUUUCUUUCCAACCUAACCAAACUUAAUGUGUUAGGUAUGGGGGAAAAUUCUCUUGUUGGCUGUUUACCAUCCUGGUUGUUCAACCAAACCCAACUUACAUCUUUAUCUCUUCAAAAAAAUCAAUUGCAUGGACCAAUUCCAAACACAUUUUCCAGCUUCAAAAGUCUCGAGUAUCUUGCCCUUGGUAAAAACAAUUUUAGUGGUAGGGUAGAACUGGACAUGUUCCUAGGACUCAACAAGCUCCAAACACUCUCGUUAGAUUAUAACAUGAUAUCAUUAGUAGUCACAAACAACUACACCAAUACCAGUUUACCAGAAUUGGUACAGUUAGGACUGUCAUCAUGCAACUUGAAGGAAUUUCCUUCCUUUUUGCGCUUCCAAAAUAAAUUGCAAGUUUUAAUUCUUGACGAUAACAAAAUUGAUGGGCUGGUACCGAUGUGGAUCUGGAACAACAGCCGGGAAACAUUAGAGGGGAUUUACCUUUCACACAACUCCAUCACUGGCUUUGAUCAACAUCCUCAUCUUCUCCCAUGGACAAAUUUACAAGUAUUCUUUAUCAAUAAUAAUCAGCUACGGGGACAACUACCAAUUCCACAACAAUCCAUAGUUAUUUAUUCCGUCGCACAUAAUAAUCUGAUAGGAGAAAUACCAGCAUGGAUAUGUGAACUGAAAUCUCUUCAACUGUUAGAUUUGUCUUUUAACAACAUGAGCGGAACACUUCCUUCAUGUUUGGGUAUCUUAAGCAAUUCGUUAAUUGCUUUAGAUCUGAGACAAAAUAAUUUCCAAGGCAAAAUGUUGAAUGCUUUUCUGCCUGGAAGCCAGUUGAAAGAACUUGAUUUGAGCGAAAACAGAUUCAGCGGUCAGCUGCCAAGAUCACUGAUGAAUUGUACCAACUUAGAGUUUCUCUCUCUUGAAGAUAACUCUUUGCAUGAUGUCUUUCCUUCUUGGUUGGGAACUCUUCCCAGGCUGCAAGUUCUGGUUUUGCGGUCCAACAAACUACAUGGUCCAAUUGACGGUUCCACUGCUGUUUCCUCACGGUUCCCUAUGCUGCGGAUCAUAGACCUCUCUAACAACCGUUUCAGUGGUCAGUUGCACCACAACUACUUCACUACAUGGCAUGCCAUGAGCUCUGGAAAUCUUGGCGUAUCAUCUGUUAUGGAAUCAAAUAUAACCUCCAAACAUGUGCUUACAAAUUUCACAUACUCGGUGACGUUAAUACACAAAGGUGUCAGAACAGCGUACCAACAUAUUUUAACCAUAGAUAUGUCCAUUGAUCUCUCUUGUAACCAUUUUGAAGGAGAAAUCCCAGAAUCACUCCAACAUCUUCGAGGCCUCCAAUCACUCAAUCUUUCUAACAAUCAUUUUACGGGACGUGUCCUGCCAUCUUUGUGGCACCUAAAGAAUCUUGAAGCUUUGGAUCUCUCUCGAAACAACCUAACAGGGGAAAUUCCUCAACAGUUGUGCAACUCGGUUUCCUUUCCAUCUUCAAUGUGUCAUUCAACCAUCUACAGGGGCGCAUACCACAAGGAAAACAGUUUGAUACAUUUGAUAACAACUCCUACAUCGGGAAUCCCCGAUUGUGUGGACGACCUUUAUCCAAGGAAUGUCAGGAUCAUCCAAAGGUGUCAAGACUUCCACCAACAAGCAGUGUGUCUGAAUCUCUUUUCCCAACCGAAACAAUUGAUUGGAUCAUCGUAUUCUGUGGAGUUGGAAGUGGGUUGGUUGUUGGGAUUGCUAUCGGGAACAAUCUGCAUACAACGUAUAGUCAUCAGAUCACAAAGAGUAAGGACAGAUGGGUAA